AUGGCACUCCCCAACGCCCUCCUCGCGCUCCUCGCAACGAUCAUCGCAACAGCGGACACCCUGAACGUCACCGUUCCCUCCGAGAUCGAAGCCGGCGUCGAGACAGAAAUAGAAAUCGGCUUCGACUACUGGAAACAGCCUUUUGUCUACGAGACCCUUCCCGGGCCAGAGACGACGUUGUACGGCACACCGACGGCGCCGACGGAGUAUUCGUGGUACAGUCUUUUGACGGCGAAGCCGACGUCUACGAGGCAGGCUUCGGCCGGGAAGAGGAGGGCUAAGCCUCCGGUGGCGGUGCCGAAAAAGACAAGCUAUGCAGGCCUCAUGGUGACGACGGUGUUGACGUGCCUAGUUGCGUUUGGCAUUGGAUCUGUGCUUGGAUGGAUCUGGCCUGAUGGAUUGAGGCACGAUGGAUGA